AUGGCUAGUGAUGGGACAGGUGCGCCUUUAGCAGCAGCUUUGAACAUCAAAGAAGCUGCUGAACGGCUCCGAGAUUCCCUGAGCUCAGACGACCAGAAACAAAUUGAGAAUACGAUAAAGGUACAGGAUGUGAUUGACUCAUUGCUCAAGAUCCAAAAAGAGCUCCAACAGAGGCGGGAGAACCGAAACCUACGCAAAUUAUAUCCUUUCUUACAGGGGUUAGAACGUUAUUCGGGGGUCAUUGAUACGCUUAGCAAUGGCUUGAGCCCUUACUUGCCUUGGAUAUGGGCACCCAUCAAGCUGAUGCUCCAAAUUACAUCGAACUAUUUAGACUCGUUUGACAAGCUAAUCGAUGCAUAUGGGCGCAUUGCUGAGACCCUUCCUCGCUUGAACAAUUUGGGUGACGCAUUCAAAGAUAAUCCGACACUCCUUACUAAACUAUCCCUAUAUUAUGUCGAUAUACUCGAGUUCCACCGCCGAGCUUACAAGUUUGUCAGAAGACGAUCAUGGCGGUUUUUCUUUAUGACCACUUGGGCCAACUUUGACAUCCGCUUCAACUCCAUGCUGGCAGCCAUGACUAGACAUAGCGACGCAAUAGAUCAAGAGGCAACCACUAUCGACAUAAUUGAGUCCAAACUCUGGCGAGAAAAAUUAGCAUCACAGGUAGCUAUAAGGGAGAAGGAUAGGAGUGACAGGCAGCGACAAUCUGUCAUUGCCUGGCUUACUCUAGACCACAUUCCACAGGAUGAUAAUCGCGAGAGAGUGCUAAGAGACUGCCUACCUGGGAGCUGCGAUUGGGUAUCAAAGCACCCCCAAGUAAUAUCUUGGAUGAAGAACGAUUCCAAAAUGCCAGUGCUCUGGCUUCACGGCAAGCCGGGUGCAGACACCAACCCUGAUCUUAUCACCAUGGCCUUUACAGGAUUCGUUGAGAAGCACCGUGAACCAUCUCUCAAAGUUCUUCGGGCUAUGCUCGUGGGUUCUGAAGAAAAGCAAGGCUUACUCUACGGGAUCCCGGCCUGCCGCAUUCUCAUCGAUGGUCUCGAUGAGUGUGACCCGAAAGAGCAAAAAUUCAUCGUCGAUGAUCUCCUCCAACUAGUUCGUGAUGUGCCCGAAAUAUCCCGCGUCUUGCAGAAGAAGCAGAGAAAUGCCGGUAUAAUUUCCUUAUCCAGCGAAAAGGACUCUGUGAAUCAAACAAUUCAGGAAUUUGUGGAGAGUCGGCUACGAGAACUAGUAGACGAAAAAGAAUCGCUUCAAAUUGGAGAAAAAUUCGCGGAAGAGAUUGUGAGGAUUAUUAUCGACAAGGCAGAUGGUAUGUUUCUCUGGGCAAGAUUGGUCCUUGAUUCCCUUUCAGACGUAGAUAGCGUGAAAGAGCUUCACGAUGCUAUCACGGUCAUGCCGAGAGAGCUUCCCGAACUUUAUUCUAGAAUCCUAGAGACAAUCUGCCCAGCAUCCAGCGAUGGCAAGAUGCACAAAGUGAUGAGGAUACUAGCGUGGCUUGUGUUUGCCAAGCGCCCUCUUAAGCACCACGAAGUCCUCCAUGGAGUAGGCAUCACUCCUGAAACACCGGUACUAGACAAGUGGAACGCAUUGGAUAAAAGCGCUAUCGAUAAAUGCAAGCCGCUCGUGGAAGAGCUUCCAGAUGGUAGCAUUGCACUGAUACACUUUACCGCACAGGAAUUUCUGCAACGAGACUUGUCAACACGGCGUGUUAACUCUGCUGCCUGGGAAGAGCUCAUUGCAUUCGCUUGUGUGACCGUCAUCAAGGAUAGCCUAUGUCUUCUCGAUCCAGAGCUUCCUCGGCUCAAUCAUCUUCUCCACGUCCUCAGCGGCGCACAUGCACUUUUGCCAUACGCAAUACACUUUUGGCUUGAUCACGUCUUGGAAUACGCAAAUGUUGAAAAUCUGCUCCCGGAGUCAGAAUUGGGGCAGGCUCUGAGCUCUUUCAAAUUACUUCAUGACGGUUUAUACUCAAAAUUGAAACCGAGCGCCAUAAGCCAAGAUAGCAUGUCCAGCGCCGUGAUAUCGACAGACAUUCGGCUAGAGGCAUUGUCCCAUCUAACAGUAUAUUCACUGUGUACUUCUAUUGUCGGAUUUCGGAGAGACUGCGCGAGCAGGUCUUCCAGCAAUGGCAAAGGCAAGUGUGGAUUCACCAUGCUCUAUUCCUACACCUUUGGUCUCUAUGGAGAUAUUUAUAGACGCUAUCGCAUAUUUAAGAGAAAGCUAGCUAACUCCUGCCUCUUGCAGAGUUUGAAGAGUUUACCGUAG